GUAGACAUGGUCGUGAGGAUGACGCUUUAUUUUGAAAGAUAUAGACAGGAAGUCUUCAGUUCCAUCAUAUAACCACGAUCAGUGGCUUUCGCUCUGUAUCACCGAACACAAGAAGUAACUGAUACUUUUAAGAUUAAUGCGUAACGUUAUCCAUGGGGGGUAAGAAUAAACAGCGAACUAAAGGAAAUGUUCGGCCGUCCAGUAGCGGCCGAGCUGCUGAAGUACUGACCCGGGAGGGUGGUAUCAUCCCGGGGUUUGUGGGCUUCGACACAACGGUCACUUCGGAGCUGAGUUAUGUCCCCGCAGUCCACGGCGCGGAGGAGAUAGACAACCUGGUAGAUGCUGACUUCCGACUGGUGCUCAGGAAACUCUCGAAGAGGGAUGCUGUUACCAGACUGAAAGCUGUUCAGGACUUUGGGUCCAUGUGUCAGGAACGGGAUUCUGAAGAGGUUAAAGGAGUCCUGCCAUACUGGCCAAGAAUUUACUGCAAGAUAUCAGUGGACCAUGAUCGCCGGAUCAGGGAGGCCACCCAGCAGGCCCUUGAGCAGCUGGUGCUGAAAGUACGUCGCAGCUUGGCCCCCUUUCUGAAGAGCUUGAUGGGCCACUGGAUUCUGUCCCAGUGUGACACUUACACACCUGCAGCCUCUGCUGCGUGCCAGGCCUUCCAGGCUGCUUUCUCACCCACCAAACAGCCUGAGGCGCUCAGCUUCUGCAAGGAUGAGAUCCUUAACGUACUUCAAGAUAUUUUGUUAAAGGAAACGGCAGACACACUGAGCGAUCCACAAAGUGUAACCGAGGACGAGAGAGAAGGCAAAUAUGUACGCAUGCUGACCAGUUCUCUGUUGGGGGUGAAGAGACUGCUCUCCCUGCUGCUCCAGAGUGACAGGACGGCCAUGGAGGAAAGACUAGCACAUCUUCUUAACUCUGGGAAGUUCUGGAAGUACAGCAAACACAAGUCACCACAGGUGCGAGGGGCAUUUUUCGAGAUGGUGUGUGCCCUGUGUGAGUUCACUCCAGGACUGGUCCAGGCUGAAGCGCCACGACUCUGCGCCACUGUUCUCCUCAGCAUUGACGACACAGAUCCUGUAGUGCUGCCUCCUGUGUGGGAGGCUGUUCUUCACGUCGUGUCUACAAUCCAUGAUUGCUGGACACAUGUGAAUGCCAAGAAGGGCUUCUUACCUAAACUUUGGGUUCUACUAAAAGAGGGUGGCAAAGGCAUGGCUAAAGCACUCCAUCCUAAUCUAAUGCCGCUCAUCAGCAAACUGCCCCAACAGGUCACUGAGCCAACCUUGGACUUCUACACCACCUUCUUCUCUUCGUUCAUACAAGGUCUGUCUAGUGAGCGUGCAGCAACAAGCCCAUCGGAAAGUGCAGUUAUAGUGACUUCUGUUGUUGAGUGCUUGAGGUACUGCAUACUGCACAAUACAGAAGAAGAGGAGGAACAGAAAAAAAUACGAACCAUGCUUAUUUCACAGCAGCUCCUGCCACUACUAGAAAAGGCUCUUGGCAAUCCCUCCCUUCAAAAUGGUCCUCUUUUCCUUCUGGUCACUGAAAUGCUUGUAUCCUGGGAAAGAAGGGCAGGCCUACAUAGUGAAGAUGAAGCUAAUGGCAGCAGCAGUGUCUUUCAAGAACUUCUGGCAGACUUCUGGGAGGGGCUUGGUCUUUUAUUUGUGCGUUAUGCCGACAAUGAGGAUGCAGAUCCACAAGCUUUGGAGGGGGUAGCCACCUUGCUGCAGGUAAUGCGCUACCCUGAGAGAGUAAAAGGAAAGCUCAUCCAGAAGAAGAAAUCUGUCAAGAUCUGUUUCUCUGAGCCAGAGGACAAUGACAAAACUGGACUUGAGAAGCCUGUUCAGACAGUGUCGGAGCUGGUGAACGAGAAGGCAUUUGGUUCCCUACGCACCCAGCAUUUUGAGGAUGUAGUGUGUCAGCUGGCACAACUGUGCCUGGUGCAUGUGACAGAGAAAAACUCGGAGAGACAUCUUGUUUUCCUCUCUCUUCUCCUGCAGUCUUUCCACACACCCAGGGUCUUCAGUACAUUGGUGGAAUUGGAUGACAAAAAAAUGGACAGUGAGCAGAGGGACGAGGUGACUAUGAAGAAUCCAGCAAUGCAGUUCCUGCUGGAGCGGGUGGUGGUGUGGCUGGCUGAGAAAGGGCGCAGAGACACUGAACACCUGGUGGAGAUGGUCUUCAGCUCACUCUACGGCUGCAGCCAGCAAGAGACCACCCGCAUCCUCAACCACAUUACCACGAUGGAUUUACAGUGGGGAAUUAUCCUGCAAAUUAUACAGAGGGUAUGUACAGAUCCUGAGACUCUUAAGAGCUGUCGUGACUGGCUGAAAGGUUCAGUUCUGGGCGAGCAACUCCUGGGAUUGACUGAAGAGCUGUGCAAAGUGGGAUACAGCUCACCCAGCUCUACCUCUUCUACCAGCAACCACAGUUGGACACUUAUCAGCCUGGUCCUCUCUCAGCACCACAACAACGAGUCUCUGAUAGGGGAGGUGUACAUGGAGAAGAUCUUAGAGAGGCUCCAUGCCACUCUGUCUGAGACCAAGAGUCUGUCAGAUGCAGGCAACAUGGAGCCACUCAUCUGCUUCAUCUGUGAUGUGGCCUCCACAUUCUUCUCUUCUGUACAAGACUGUCUUCUACUUCUCUCUGCCGAGGAACUCUUGCUCACGGUCUUCCAGCUCACUGCCCAAGAUCAAACACACACUCACCUGUCUGACUCACUUUUAGAUAAGCUGAGGAAAGUGUGUGUGGUUGGGGUCCAGUCAUUGGUCCAACACUCUGAAUAUGAGGUCAAGGAAGAUGGUUUCCUGCACAGUGCAGCCCUUUGGGUGACAAACCAACUACUCACCGUCUCUCUGGAUAUUAAAAGUUUGCAGCUUCUUAUUUUGGCUGUACAGAACUUAGUGGAGACAAUCAUCUCUGUCUGCGAUCAAGAUUCCCCCCUCCUCAUCCAGUUCUUUACACACGUGACGCCCAGCCAGACAGAAUGGACAAGACUCAGACAAGCUUUACCUCCUCAGUGGAUCAAAACCCCCUUACUGUCUAGCCGUCACCGAGGAGUUUGCGAAAAACCCUCCAUGGACACCUGGAAGUUUAGGGUGUCAACUAGGCCGCCAGCCCACCUAUGUGCCUGUGCCCUGUUGGGGAGGGUGGCCCGGACUGCUGCAUUCAUACCUCAUGACAAACAGGACGCAGAAUGUCCUUCACUCUUGCCAAACCUUAACCACACAGUUUCAGAACUGUUGUAUGCACUGCAGUGGUGUAGGGAGGUAGAGUACAUCCCUGCCUAUCUCAGUCUGCUGACUGACUCGGGGCUGUUAGAAGGACUCCAGAGCCAGGUUCAAAUGAAAGAUCUGCUGGGGACACUUUACUCAAGGUCCGUGGAAGAUGGAGGUCUAUGGUCUCUGACUCUAGAGAACUACAUCCACACCAACAACUUGGCAGACACUCACAGUGCAACCCUGAGGGAGCUUUACGGCAGUUCAGACAGUUUGUUCCCAGUGUCUCAAAGCAAACUGAGCACGCUCCAGGUGCUCUGCCCCACCAUGACCCAAAAAGACAGAGAGACUCUCGUUGCUCUGGCAACUGCUGGAAUAAUCAACUGGCAAGAGAAUGACGAUGUGUAUGGGUGUCUGGCGGUGCUGCUGUGCUGUCUAAAAGCCAACACACAAGUAGAGGAGGAGGUUGUGCAGGCUAUCGUGGCCACAGUGAUGGAGUGGAGGAACAGCAAGGAGGACUGGUUUCUCUUUAGCAGUGACCUGUCUAAAGCAACUGCAGAACAGUUGAACAUUGCUGUGGAGAUGAUGCGUUUCUUGUCCUGGCUGGUGACUCAUUUUCCGACAGUUCUCGGGAGCAGCCAGUGGGACUUCUUGCUCUGCUCUAUGUUAGCCUGGUUGGAGACUGCCAGCGAGAAUGUGAGCAGUCUGUGGAACCCAUGGGUGCAGCUGUUCAUGUGUGAGAACGCUGCAUUGAUAGUGAAGCUGAACCAGUUCUUCACGUCAUCUUCGCCCGAUGUCCUAGAGAAGCUGCCGUCCGAACUGAUCGAUGAAUGGAAAGACUUCUUUGUAGAAGGAAUCUACAACCUGCUGUUUCCUCUGCCUAUCAAUAUCACAGAUACCUUCACUGAACCGGAUGACCCUGUUUUCCCAUUGGCGGUACUGCAGUCAGUUGGCGUAGCUCUGACAUAUAUGCCUGUGCAACUGCUAAAACAGAACUCCCUGCCACCACGGUUCAUAGCAGACCAGAAGACAAACCUGCCAGAGCCCCUCCAGACGCUCCUCAACACUUUCUGUCCUCUGCUGCUGUUUAAGGCCAGGCCUCUGCAGAUCACUGUCUAUCACUUGUUAGAAAAGGUCAUGCCUCAGCUGCCCGAGUGCGAUGGGGAAGGAGACACCAACAAGUCUGAUGAUGAUAGAGAUGAGCCAUGUCUUUCUCCUCCCGCAUCUCUGAUGGCCAUCCUGUCGACCUGUGAGGAACUGUGUGAUAGUAUUCUGGCAGGGGUUCAAGUAGGAGAGUUUGCAGUGGUCCAGCCUCUCAGUGUGGAGUACUCCUGCAUCCUGGGGUACUUGCUGGCCUGGAAGCUUCUCCUCACCUUUUUCAAAUCCUCACCCUCCCAUCUGCGAGCCCAUUAUGCCCAGUAUCUUAAGAGAAGCUGCUCCCUUAACAAGCUCCUCCUUGACCUUUUCAAACUGAUGCCUGAGAACCCCAUCUAUCCUGGCCAGGGGCCAGAGACAAAAGAGGCCAAAACCUUCUUUACAGAGAGCCAGUCUCUGGUUGUUGACAACAGCAAGAAUGUUGAGUGGGAGCUCCCUCAUCUGGCUUGCAGUGUAUACUACAGCACAGUUCAGGACCUGCCUGCCAUGGUGCGGCUAUGGUGGAACGGCCAGGAGAAGAGAGUGAGCGCAGCUGUGGAGAAGUUUACUAUUAAAUAUGUCAGCCCCGUUCUCUCAGCCCAGGAGAUCUCAUCUGUCCACUCAAGCACUCAAAUAUUUGACAGCAUGACUGUGAAGGCCCGCUCAGCAGCGCGGGAGGUGAUUGCUACCUAUUCUGUGGAUGACAUCUUCAUUGAGUUGGUGAUUCAGCUACCACAGAACUACCCUCUAGGCUCUAUCACUGUAGAGAGUGGGAGGCGAGUGGGAGUUGCCGUACAGCAAUGGAGGAACUGGAUGCUGCAACUGAGCACCUACCUCACACAUCAGAAUGGCAGCAUAAUGGAGGGCCUGGCUCUAUGGAAGAACAACGUGGAUAAGCGUUUUGAGGGAAUAGAGGAUUGUAUGAUCUGCUUCUCUGUUAUCCAUGGUUCCAACUACUCCCUGCCUAAGAAGGGUUGCCGCACCUGCAAAAAGAAAUUCCACUCAGCGUGUUUGUACAAAUGGUUCACAUCCAGCAACAAGUCCACCUGUCCACUGUGCAGAGAAACCUUCUUCUAACACAGUCUGUUGACCACGGCUUAAAGGUUGACAUAUCUGUUGUGAUUUCAUAAAGUAGGUUAUUAAGGUCUAAUUUAUUAGAUCACAGUAUGGGUUGAAAUUCUUUCUCCAAGGCUUUCUCUGACUGAAAUGUCUGACACUAUUUGGUUCAGAAAAUCUUGUUUUAUGUGCCUAGUGGAAGUCUGAACUAAAGUACAGUAAAAUCUACUGAUAAUUAUAUUUCAGUGACCUUUAUGUCCAUAUUCAGCAGAGCAGGUUGUUAAGCUGUCAACAGUUUGUUUAUACCAGUACUUUACUGUGCAGCAUCAGUAGCUCCCUGCUGUUUUUCUGUUAAUGAGUUUUAAUCUUUUUUGUGGACCUAAUUUUUUUAUCGUUUGAAACGUACAGGUGUAUAGAAGAGGCUGAAUCAAGUUGGUAAACCAAAGCUGCCCAGGUGCUUUAGUUGAAUAUAAGCACCUGUCAAAAUAAGUAAUUUUACAAUCUUAAAAAAAGGUGAUCUAAAUAUUGCAAUUCCCAGGACAGGUUUCACAAAUAUUUCCUAAUAUUUAGGAUUGUAAAGAGAUUAUGUCUGAUUAGUGACAUGCCUUAUACCAUUAUGACAUGGUGAGGUGAGAUGAAAAGCAGGAAAGGGAACUUCUUUAGGGGAGAUUUUUAGUUUUAAAAUUCCAAUGCUCUCCAAUAUUAAUGUUUUCCCCUGUGCCUGCAUACAGCUGUAAAUGAUGCUGGAAAAUAAAUAAAAUACAACUGGAUAUUA